AUUAGUGGCUAGAACCCCUUCCAUCUCUUUUGUCCAUGCAAAAGGUCAGUACCAAACGCUACUACUAAAACACAUCAUCAUCAUCAUCAUCAUCAUCAUCUCUCUCUCUUUUUCUCUAUUGUUUCUCUUCUUCAAUGAAAGGAGAUCAUCAACUGCAACGUCUCGUCUUUCUCUUAUUAUUCACAGCAUGCUUUUCAAUAGCUUCCUCAACAACCGAAAAACACGAAGAAGAAACUCCGGUGGUGCCAGGGGAUAUGAAGUGCACGUGCAAUCCAUGUGGUUGUGGAGGAGAAGUGAUCCCACCACCACCACCACCUCCAUCACCACCACCACCAUCUCCACCAAAGGGUACCUCAUGCAGUCCACCACCACCACCUCCAUCACCACCACCACCAUCUCCACCAAAGGGUACCUCAUGCAGUCCACCACCACCACCACCACCACCGGCACAAACAUGGUAUGUCAUCGGCACACCGGGUGUUCUUUAUCCGCUUGAUCCUCAGUACUAUCCCUCACAGGCUUGCCGGAGUUCUCAUGCAUGGCUGCCUCAUGUCUUUCUGCUUAUUGUUUCCUUCAUCUUCUUGGAGGAGUUUAAUUUGUUGUUGUUGUAAUAAUGUUAUAAUUAUGAUUGUCAUAUCAUAUAUCUGUCAAUCAUUUUAAUUAGGUGAACAAUAUUCUCUUCUUUUGCUUUUCUUUUUGUCUUAAUGUACUUGUUUCUGGUUGUAUGUGUCUUUGCAAGAAAAAAUUAAUGAUA